AAAAUGUGUCAGAGGAGAAAAUAUCUGUCGAACAUCUGAAAGGUGCAAGAAACAGAGGACGUGAAGAAGAAAAGUACAUGCCCUAUGCUGUUCGUGUAGAUUGUAUUGCUUAUUCAGCUCGCACUCCAAGCGCUCGAUGAAAUGACUGAGAGAAACUAGGAGACAGUUUCCUUCAGUUCUACACACCAACUUGAGGAGGUUUGAAGCCUGUUCUGACGAAUCGAAGAAUAAAUAAAGAUGUUUUCUUUAAAGAAAGCGAAGCUUCAUGCUGUCUCAGUUCACCAGAGUCGUUUCAGUUCUCUCUUUCGUGCCAUUGAAGUUACAGGUACUCAACCUCAAGCUUCUUUACAACAUGGUUUGGCGGGUGAGAAGGUUCUCUCUGAUGCAAGAAACCAUAGUUUGUUAUCUAAGCUUUGUACUAGUACCAGAUUCGAUAUAUGGUCUAUGAACCGAACAGAAGCAUUUUCGACGAUGUCUGGAUCAAUAUUGCUUCAAGCCAGGGAUCCUGCUAAGCUCAAUGAAGAAAUCCAAAUCGCAGUUGAUCAACGUAGAUGCGACGAAGCUUGGAGAUUGUUUGAACAACAUAUGCAAAUGGAAGGGUUCCCGCGUAAAUCCGUUGUUAACAACGUUUUGGUUUGUUUCGCUGAGAGUCUCGAUUCCAAUUGGCUACAAAAGGCUUACACUUUAGUGGAGCAAGCCUUUGAGGAGAGUAAACAGAAUCUGCUAGAGAAGGAGCCUCUUGUGUAUCUUUCAUUGGCUCUGGCCAAGUCGGGGAUGCCUGUUCCUGCGUCAACGAUCUUGAGGAAGCUAGUUGAGACGGAAGAGUAUCCUCACGUGAGUGCUUGGUCAUCAGUGCUGGCGCAUAUGUCUCUCACGGGAUCAGGAAGUUAUCUAUCUGCAGAGUUGGUUCUUGAGAUUGGUUACUUGUUUCAGAACAAUAGAGUUGAUCCGCGGAAAAAGAGCAACGCGCUUUUGCUUGCGAUGAAGCCUAAUACUCAGGCGUUGAACAUUGCUUUGGCGGGUUGUUUGUUGUUUGGGACAACACGAAAGGCUGAGGAGCUUCUUGAUAUGAUACCGAAGAUCGGUGUUAAAGCCGAUGCUAAUUUGUUGGUAAUAAUGGCUCAUAUAUACGAAAGAAAUGGGCGGAGAGAGGAGCUGAGGAAGCUCCAGAGGCAUAUAGAUGAAGCUUGCAACUUGAAUGAUUCUCAGUUUUGGCAAUUCUAUAACUGCUUGCUUAUGUGUCACCUUAAGUUCGGGGAUCUCGAAGCUGCUUCGAAAAUGGUUCUGGAAAUGCUAAGAAGAGGAAAGGUAGCGAGGAACUCACUUGGAGCCGCCAUUCUUGGACUGGAUACUGCAGAAUUAAAGCUCAGAAAAGUUUCUGGGGAAGGUUUAGAGGUUAAAGAACAUGACAGUCAAGUGCUUUCUAUACACACUAUGAUUCCGUAUGAAGAGUUCCUUAGAGACAGGAAGUUUUUAAAUCUUGAAGCUGAGGCAAAGGAUGUUCUUGGUGCGUUGUUGGCUAAGCUGCAUGUACAAGUGGAACUGAUUACCUCGGAGCGAGGUGUUCUGCAACCGACGGAAGAGAUUUAUGUGAAAUUAGCAAAGGCAUUUCUAGAAAGUGGGAAGAUGAAAGAGUUGGCAGAGUUUAUGUUAAAGGCAGAACACGAAGACUCCCCUGUUUCUAGUGAUAACUCGAUGCUGGUGAAUGUUACCAACGCGUGUAUUUCUCUAGGAAUGUUGGAUCAGGCGCAUGAUCUACUCGACGAGAUGCGUAUGGCUGGGGUAAGAACCGGUUCCUCCGUUUAUUCGUCGCUCCUCAAAGCUUACUGCAAAACAAACCGGACUAGAGAAGUGACAGCACUUCUUAGAGAUGCUCAGAAGGCAGGGAUUCAGUUCGACUCAAGCUGUUACGAAGCCUUGAUCCAGUCUCAGGUGAUUCAGAACGAUACUCAUGGAGCUCUCAGCGUGUUCAAGGAGAUGAAAGAGGCGAAGAUACCGAGAGGCGGGAACCAGCAGUUUGAGAAGCUCUUAAAGGGCUGCGAAGGAAACGCAGAGGCGGGGCUUAUGUCGAAACUCUUGAGAGAAAUCAGAGAAGGGCAGAGUAAUUUGGAUGCUGGCGUUCACGAUUGGAACAAUGUGAUCCAUUUCUUUAGCAAGAAAGGUUUGAUGCAUGACGCGGAGAAGGCGUUGAAGAGGAUGAGAAGUCUGGGGCAUUCGCCGAACGCUCAAACUUUUCAUUCUAUGGUCACAGGCUAUGCAGCCAUUGGGAGUAAAUACACAGAGGUGACUGAGCUUUGGGGAGAGAUGAAAUCCAUAGCCGCAGCUACUUCGUCGAUGAGGUUUGAUCAGGAGCUGCUGGAUGCGGUGCUGUAUACGUUUGUUAGAGGAGGGUUUUUCUCGAGGGCUAAUGAAGCUGUGGAGAUGAUGGAGAAAGAGAAGAUGUUUGUUGACAAGUACAAGUAUAGGAUGCUCUUCUUGAAGUAUCACAAGACUGCUUAUAAAGGCAAAGCUCCAAAAGUUCAGAGCGAGUCUCAGCUCAGGAAGAGGGAAUCUGGUUUAGCAUUCAAGAAAUGGCUAGGCUUAACUUGAUUGUUAUCUAUAGUAAUCAUCAUCAUAUUAGUUUACAUCUGAUGUGCUGCUUGCUUUGUGUCUUUACCAUCUAGUAUUCAAGAAAUGGGCUUACAAUUUUCAUAACGGGUCGAUCACUACAAAGCAUUAGAAUA